AUGAUCCCCAUAGAAGACUCGGUCAGAGAAACAGAUCCCUGGUCAGACUGGAGACCAGAGAGACUGAGGGAGACCCCAACAGCAGAUGAAGAGGAGGGUGAAGAACUCACUGUAACCCACCCUGAAGAGAGGAGGGAGGAAGAGGGGAGGAGCGAGGAAGGACUAACUCUAGAGACUGACUCUGAGAAGUGGAGAAUAGAGGAGGAGAAGGGGGCAGCAGAGCAGGAGGGCCAUGAGGAAGAGCGAGGGAUGGAGGAAGAGAGAAAGCUGGUUGGAGGGCUUGAUUACAGAGAGAAGAGAUUUGAAAAUGGGCAGAUAGAAGCUGAUGAGGAACAUGAAGAGGAGGAGAAGAGAAGAGAUAAUGGAGAGGGGAGACAUGAAGAAGGGAUUAGAUCAGAUGAUGAGGAGAGAGAUGGUAAGGAACAGAGAUCAUAUGGAGGAGAGGAGAAACUAGAAGAAGACCUGAGAGUUGGGGAAGUUAAAGGACCCAGUGUAGAUCAAAGCGAGGGAGACUACUUAGUAGUCAUAGACCUCCCCCCUCCAACCAGCACUUCCUCCUCUCCUGUAGAAAAAAUAAUGGACACUCAACCUGUCAAUCAAGCUAUCAACAAACCCAUGUCCCCUCCCCCUGCAGAUAUGCCUGUUCCACUUUAUGAUGUCACUCCUCCACCUGCCACUCAACAUGGCCUUCCCCCAGUUACACCCUCUACCCCCUCUCAAGUUCCAGAGUCUGCCACUCAUGCUCUCGCUCAACCUGCCAGUCAUAUCCAAGACCAUAUCCAGGCCAUCUCAUUGGCGGAUAGUGAGCUCAUUAUUGUUCAGAGUGUGACUGACAGCUCCCAGACCAACCUUAGGGAGUGGGAGAGUUUUGUUUCCCAGGCUAUGGAGGAUAAAGUUGGCCCAAUUGUCAAGGUUUCAAUCAAUGACAAUCAGACUGAGAGGAACAGCAUUGUCUUUCUCAAAGAGACAGAAAAUACAGUCAAGCAGCUAAAGUCUACAACCAAACCAAAACAAGCAAAACCCACAGCCAAGGAACGGCAACCUACAGCCAAGGAACUGCAACCUACAGCCAAGGAACUGCAACCUACAGCCAAACCAAAAGAGAUGACAAAACCAACAGCCAAGGAACUGCAACCUACAGCCAAGGAACUGCAACCUACAGCCAAACCAAAAGAGAUGACAAAACCCACAGCCAAGGAACUGCAACCUACAGCCAAACCAAAAGAGAUGACAAAACCCACAGCCAAGGAACUGCAACCUACAGCCAAGGAACUGAAACCUACAGCCAAGGAACUGCAACCUACAGCCAAGGAACUGCAACCUACAGCCAAACCAAAAGAGAUGACAAAACCCACAGCCAAGGAACUGCAACCAACAGUCAAACCAAAAGAGAUGACAAAACCCACAGCCAAGGAACUGAAACCAACAGCCAAACCAAAAGAGAUGACAAAACCCACAGCCAAGGAACUGCAACCAACAGUCAAACCAAAAGUGACGGUACAGACAAACUCCACACCCAAAACACAACAGACAAACCAGACACCCAAAACACAACAGGCAAAACCCACAGCCAAGGAACUGCAACCAACAGCCAAACCCAAAGUGACGGUACAGACAAACUCCACACCCAAAACACAACAGACAAACCAUACACCCAAAACACAACAGACAAAACCUACACCCAAAACACAACAGGCAAAACCCACAGCCAAGGAACUACAACCUACAGCCAAACCAAAAGAGAUAACAAAACCAACAGUGACGGUACAGACAAACCCUACACCCAAAACACUAGACACAAAGCAUAUACCCAAAACACUACACACAAACUCCACACCCAAAACACAACAGACAAACCAUACACCCAAAACACAACAGACAAAACCUACACCCGAAACACAACUGACAGAGCCUACACCUGAAACACAACUGAGAAAGCCUAGAUCUGAAACACAACUGACAAAACCUACACCCAAAACACAACAGACAAAACCUACAGCCAGACCAGCAGUGCCAAAACACACAAUGAAGCUGACAUCGACCACCAAUAAUCUCAAGACAAAGACAGGGAAACAUCAAAAGAAAGACAAAAUAAAUGAGAGGAAAGGUAAACCUCUGAAAAAGGACAACAAAACCAAAGAGACAAAACAGGAGAAGAAGGAGGGCACAAAUCCGGCGUACUUCCCCUACUUCAAAGACAACUACUGUCCCCCAGAGUGUGCCUGCUAUGGACGAGUGGUCCAGUGUUCCGACAAGGGGGUGGAGAAGGUUCCGUACGGCAUCCCUUAUAACUCCCGCUACGUCCUCCUGAUGAACAACCGCAUCGACAGCAUUCAGCUGGACCUGCUCAAUGAGUACCUGUCCAUGGAGUUCCUGGUGCUCAGCAACAACCGGCUGACAGACUGCUCCAUCGAGGGGGCAUUCGAGGGCAUCCCGGCCCUGAGGCGGCUCUACUUGGACCGGAACCUACUGGAGAGUGUGCCCACAGACCUGCCCGCCUCCCUGGAAGAGCUGCGUCUGGAUGACAACCAUCUGAACGUGAUGUCGGAGGGGGCCUGGGCCCACUGCCCCGGCCUGCUGGUCCUCAGCCUGAGCAACAACAGCCUGGGGAAUGGGAACGAUACUCUCCCCGCCAGUGUGCUCUCACCUCUGGGCAGCCUGCGCACCCUCAGCCUGGACCACAACCGGCUGGCCUCGGUGCCUCUGGGCUUACCGCUAUCUAUCAGGGAGUUGUACCUCCGUGGCAACCUUAUCCAGAAGUUCCCAGGGGAGGCCUUCAUGGGCACCUCAGAGCUGGUGAUUCUGGAUUUGAGCGCUAACCGGCUAACCAACCAUGGCUUACUCAGGGAGUCCCUCGUCAACGCCACCCACAUGGAGAGCCUCAACUUAGAGGGCAACCAGCUCAAGAAGGUACCCCGCCACCUCCCCUCUUCCCUCAAAACCCUCAACCUGGAGGGCAACCUCAUCUCCUCCGUGGGCAAAGCCUCCUUCCUCCACCUCCCCCACCUGGAGCACCUGGGCCUGGCCAGUAACAAGAUAGCCAGGGUGGCCUUGGGGGCCUUCAGGGCACUGCCCGUCCUGCACCAGCUGGACCUGUGUCACAACGCCCUGAACCAGGUGCCCAGGCAGCUGCCCCGGGGGCUACACUCGGUGGCACUCACACACAACAAGAUCCACUCAGUGCCCCGCGACGCCUUCUGCUGGGGGGGUUCAGACCCCGGCCUCAGCAGCCUGGUGCUGGUGCAGCUGGAGCACAACCUCAUAGACCUGGGCCACCUGGACGCAAAAGCCUUCCACUGCCUCAGAGGCUUCCAGGUGGUACACUUCUACUGA